UUGAGGGUAAAGGUUUCUGCAUUGUAAGAUAGCAAAGAUUCAAAGAAGUUUCUGCAUUCUGAUAUACAGGAACGGAGGCUCCAAUGAAGUUCAUCUGCCUUUUGGGAUUGCUUGUCAUUGUCAGCACGGCUGGGCCUGAAUCGGUUGAUGGGGCAAGCGCAUGUGGGAAAUCUACUCCAGACAAUGAGGCUUUCAAGCUUGCUCCUUGUGCAGAGGCGGCACAGAAUGAGGCAGCAGCUGUUUCUGACAAUUGCUGCCUCCAGGUGAAGAGAAUAGGCCAAAACCCAAGUUGUCUAUGUGCCGUCCUGCUUUCUAACACUGCCAAAAGCUCAGGAAUCAAGGCUGAGGUUGCUAUCACCAUCCCCAAGCGCUGCAACAUUGCAAACCGUCCAGUCGGAUACAAGUGCGGACCGUACACAUUGCCUUGAUGGAACGUAAGGUGCUGAAGGCAAUGGACAGAGGCAUAUAUAUAUAUAUAUAUAUAUAUAUAAGCUACUUAAAAAGUCUGGUAGUUACUGGUGUAGCAAUGGCCGUAGCUUUGGCUUUGUAAAUUUGGGCAAUAAAAAGCUAGCACCUUGUAAUAUUGUAUGCCUCGAUAUUAAAUAAUACUUGCAUAAUCAAUCAUUGUGGACGUUUUGAGUUUC